CGUCGAAACAAAAGCUUCGAUUCUGCAUUGAACAUAACUCUAAGAAACCCGCAGCCGUUAUAUUUUUGUGCCAAGGAAUGUAGCGAUGUAAGCCUGAAACCCCGUGAAUAUCUCAUCUUACGAAGCUGAAUCUAUCCCUUUGACGUGAACAUGGGUUGCUGUAACACACGGAGUGUGCUUCUCUUUAUAUUAGUUCUACAACUGUUGCUUGUUGUCGAAAGACUUGUGUUCGAUUUUCUCGGGUUUAUGUGGGCUCCGAUCAUCGCUAACUUCAUCCACAUCGCUUUUUUGAUCAUCGGAAUUUUCGGAGUGCAUCAGUCAAGAGCUCCUUAUACCAUCACCUAUGCUGUGUGGUGUUUGAUCUGGUUUGCACUCAAUCUCACCAUCAUUGCCCUCUACUUGGAAAUCGGAGAAAUCACACAUCGAGAUGAUUGGUUGAGUCUCAAGACAAGCCAUAUCAGCUGGUGGUCCUCUAAUGGUUUGGGAUGUAACAAGACGGCCAGCAACUCCACCCUCCCCGCAGAUGCCCAGACUGCACCUGGCUGUACUCUCAGAUUUGAGUAUGUAGAAUCAAUCCAGUGCGGGGCAGAGUGCAUCCUCAGUUUUAUUGGAUUCUGGUUGGCAUGCUGGUUCGUGAGGACUUACCGAGAAGAUGACGACCAUUUUGAUUACAUCGGCGGGUUUGACAGCUACUCUGCCUACCAGCCACCUACCAAGUCCUCACGAAUGCAGAUGCAGCCAAUCACAUCGUAAGAAGCUAAACGACAAUGUCGGCAUUACCUUAUUAUCGGGAGAGCCUGGGACAAGCACUCUUUGGACAUUAUUUAACGCGAUACCGGGACGACGUAUUGAUGACGUGUUGUUGAUUGACCUCGUGGUGCCCUUGGCAAUGGUCAGCUUAAAUAUCCUCUGUUUUCUUGGGUUUCCUGUGGCUGUUUGUGGUCUUGUAGAAUUAGGAAUUGAAUGCACAGAGAAGAAAGUUGAUAAGAGUUGACUUCAUUGGUUGUCGUUCAAAAGCCAAUGACAAAAUAAGGUCAGGGAUGACCGAGUCUAAAAGAGCUAAGGAAUACAGAUACCAUUUUAGAAGACAAGCUGUAACAAAUGACUCUAGUAAUAUAGAUUAUGUAGCUAAAUAAGAUACUCAAACGAA